AAAGUUCUAAACCUUUUAUUAAACCCUGAAUUGAGGUUUUGACGGCGAAAGUUUCCCGGCGAUUCACUGCGCCAAGUCGAUCGCCAUCUUCUUCUUGCUUCAGCUCCACGAUUUCGGAUUCUGAAAACAAGCUGUGUCGGUGGCCUAGGUGGUUGUGGUUAUUGAGAAGACAUAGAACCUUUAUCUCAGUUGAAGACUGCUUAAUGGGUGAAGAUAAAUUUGCACGUAAAAGUGGGAGGAAAAGAAACGGCAUGAGUAGGAAGGCUGAACAAGGAGGUCAUGGCUUUGAUGGAAGUAACACCCACAAGAACACAUCUUGGAUGAUGGAUGGUGGAACCCUGAACUCUAACAAUAAGUUCUCCAAUAAUAAAAGUACUUCCGCACCACAAACGUCACUCAUUAGGAAGCAGGUUGAUCCCGAAACAACAAAAUACUUCACAGAGAUUUCCAAUUUAUUUGAGAGUGAUGAGGUUGACUUUGAAGAGCGAUCGGUUAUAUGUGGUAAUGCUCUAGAGGAAGCUGUGGGGAAAGAGUUUGAACUUGCCACUGAUUAUAUCAUAAGUCAUACUAUGCAAAGCCUUCUUGAAGGUUGUAAAGUUGACGACCUUUGUAAUUUCCUCCACGGUUGUGCCAAUCAGUUUCCAUCUAUUGCAAUGGAUAGAUCUGGCUCACAUGUUGCUGAAACAGCUAUCAAGUCUUUAGCUAUGCACCUACAGGACGAGGAUGUUCAUGGUCUUAUUGAAGAUACUUUAACAGCAAUAUGUAAGGAAAUUGUAGCAAACCCUCUCGAUGUGAUGUGUAAUUGUCAUGGUUCUCAUGUUCUUCGAAGUCUUCUUCAUCUUUGUAAAGGAGUACGUCCAGAGUCUUCAGAAUUUCAUUCCAGAAAAUCAACUGUUCUAGCAGAGAGGUUGAAUGUCAAGGCACCUCGUUAUAAUGUAGAUGGUGAGUUCCAUACUGGUCGAGGCUUCCCAGAAAUUCUGAAGUUUCUUGUUUCUGGGUUGCUGAAAGGUGCAAGAAAGAAUGCCAGGAUCCUGCAAGUUGAUCAGUACAGCAGUUUGGUUAUUCAGACUAUUCUGAAGUUGUUGGUGGGGCAAGAUGACGAGCUGAGGCAUAUAAUACCCAUCCUCCUUGGCUGUAGUGAGAAAGAUGUUGUGGAGGGAAAUUAUGUACAAAUAUCCGUUGUUCCAGAUGUUGUGGAUUUGAUGAAAGAGACUGCAUUUAGCCAUUUAAUGGAGGUGAUUUUGGAAGUGGCUCCAGAAAAUCUGUUCAAUGAACUCGUCACAAAAGUAUUUCAGAAAUCAUUGUUUGAGCUGUCAUCUCAUCCCUGUGGAAAUUUUGCUGUCCAAGCACUAAUUUCUCACAUAAGAUCUAAAGACCAAGUGGAGUUGGUAUGGUCAGAGAUUGGAACAAAAGUUAGAGAUCUUCUUGAAAUGGGAAAGUCAGGAGUUGUCGCUUCACUAAUUGCUACGAGUCAGAGGCUUCAGACACAUGAACAGAAGUGUUGUGAGGCUCUUGUACGUGCUGUAUGUUCCACUGACGAAUCUCCAAGAUGCAUUGUUCCUCGAAUAUUAUUUCUUGACAGAUAUUUCUCUUGCGAAGAUAAAGUCAAAUGGAAUUUUCCCUGUGGAGUAAAAAUACCUGUCAUGGGCUCUCUAAUCCUGCAGGCAGUUUUUCGAUAUCAAACUGAACUGAUUCAGCCUUUCAUUACAAGUCUCACAUCAAUGGAGGAUAAUCAUAUCCUUGAAGUAGCAAAAGACUCCAGUGGAGCUCGUGUUAUUGAAGCUCUUCUAAAUUGCGACGCCUCUGCAAAACUGAAGCGCAGAUUAGUUAUGAAGCUACGAGGACACUUUGGAGAGCUUGCAAUGCAGUCAUCAGGUUCCUUUACAGUUGAAAAGUGCUACGAUGCCAGUAACAUGUCACUACGGGAGGCCAUUGUAUCUGAGUUGGUUGUUGUAAAAAGCGAUCUCUCCAAAACGAAGCAAGGACCUCAUCUUUUGAGGAAGUUGGAUGUUGAAGGGUUUGCAUCCCGACCUGACCAAUGGAGGUCAAGACAAGCAUCGAGGGAAUCGGCAUACAAAGAAUUUCAUGAUACAUUUGGGUCUGACAAGUCCAAAUCACUGAAGACGGGGGGUUUCCUUGCUGAUAGUUCGAAGCAUAAAUCACAUCCAAAGGACGUGAAGACAAUGAGGCAAGAGAUCGAACAUUACACAACUUCUGGCGUACCCUUUCUAUCAACGUCUGGCAGUAAGGGCAAGUCAGAAAAAGGUAAGCACGGUGAUAAAAAAUAUACUAGAGCUUCCACAGAUAAUGAUAUUUCAGAAACGAAAACCAAAAAUUCGAAAAGGAAACGGAAUAAGGAUCAGUCUGAGAAUGCUGCUGCAGUCAAAAGGAAACAAAAAAUGUAGCUAGGAACCAGAAACAGUCCUUGUACCCUGUAGCAGUCACCACAAACGCAUUGCCUGGAAAAAGGUCUUCAAAGAUGAACUUAAAGAGCUCUUAGUAGGAAAGUGGAAGCUUAGAUUAUCUACUUCAUGGGAAUAUUGAGGAAAUGCCUUUCUAUUUUUAGUGGGGUGGGAGAAGAUAUUUUGAUGGAGCAUAUUCUUUACAAGAUCUUCCGAGUGACCAGAGGAAAUAUGAGAGGUCAGUAAUCAAAAUUUUUCAAGAAAAUAUUACCUUCAUGUCGGAAGAUAUUGUAUCUUACACUGUCCAAGAUUAUGUUGUCGGACUUGGAUGUUUAUGUCUUUUAUUCACCACAGAUGCGGACCUCGUCCAUUAUGUGCAAGAGGCGAUGGUCACAGCUCAUGGCAGAAUCAAGUAACAUAUUAUUGUCUUCCUCUGUUAAAUUUUAUUUUCAAUUUCUCUUAUUUCUUCGUUAAUUAUGCAACCUAUUGAUGUCACCUGACCCAACUCCACUAUAAAAUCUUCCAUUCUCAGUGUUUGUAAGUUUCUAGAGAUCUUCUGACGCCUAUUUGGCCUUCUAAUAUAUUAAAAAAGUUCUAUGUUUUUUAUUAU